AUGGCGGAUGCUCGUUCCCCGCAGUCAAGACGCGCGCUUAGUCGCGACUCUCGCCUGGUGCCUCAACGGAGAAGCGCGUUUUCUUCGUUUUUGUCGAUGGAUAGUGAAGAUGGAGAUGAUGGGGUGGAGGAGGAGGAAGAUGGUUACCCGAACGCUCAGUUGAGGAUACAGCAGCGGGCGGAUGGCAGCGUUUGUAUGGACUCGUCACUUGAGAUGGAGCAGAUACGGACAGGGAUAAGUCGAGGUGCUGGCGAGAAUGAAAGCUGUGGUCUGGUUGUGGUGCAACAACGAGUUUUUGACGAUGCACAGGUCGAUGACCAGUGGAGUGGGUCGAAUCUUAUGGAGGGGGUUACGGGUGAGAAUGCUGUGCCGGGCCUGAGCUGUCGAAAGAGUGAUGGUGUUACGAAAGACAAAGCUGUUGUUCGUGAUUGUGGGCAUUUUUGUGGUAGUUGGUCGUCUGAGCUUCUAAGCACCGGUAGCCAUGAAGACAGCUUCUUUGACGAACCUAGACCCAGCUUCUCGGAUGAGCAUAUCUUUACAGAAGCAGACAGUUUUACGGCAGUGGAUACGAGUUUUGUGUAUCGUCCAAGCUUGAUGGAUGAUUUCGAUGAGAGCGGCGCUCAGUACGACAUACAGGGCGAGUUUGAUAGUCGCAGUUUUGUCGGCCGGCGCACUAAUUCGGAUGAAGGUGGCAAUUCUAUCGGGGAACGUCAAUACGUGCGCCCGAAGAGUCUUGCAGAAAGUGGGCUUGAGGAUUCGUUGAAUCUUGUUGAAAACAGGAAUUUAAGUCGUGUUGUCAGCAAGUCGGCAAAUGGCUUAUCUGUGGCUGUAGGCGUGCAUACAAAUACUCUGCAAGACGACGUUGGCACUUCGGCGGUAAUCGGUGGUCAGAUUCGUAUGGCGAGUUCAGAUACAUUGACAGCGCAGAAGAAUGGCUACGUUUAUUGUCCAGCGUCACUAGAAGCAGAUAACAACACUCGAGACAAAGUGUGUCGAAUGGGUAGCUUGGCAAAAAAUGGCGAUACUCGUGCCGCGCGGGAAAUUGAUAAAUUGGUUGGCGGCGCAGAUGGCGAUGGAAACGCUGAAGGUGAAAAUAGCGAUGUACCGUCUACCUUGAGUAUGAGCACGUCGAGUCAUUCCCGGUCGAGUGGUGCAGUCUCGUUUGAAGGUAAGGUCACCGAUUCUGCAUAUCGAUUUCAUGACGAUAAAGCUGCACUGUUUGCCGUGAGGCGUGAUAGCUCUAGUGUCACAGACAGUUGCGCCUCAUCGACGCUUUUUAAGGUUGACAAGACUACAGCACUCAAGGUCCCGCAAUUGCGUGCCAAAGUCUCUGUUGCGAGGAUACGUGCGCAGUAUGAAGAGGGUAUAGUAUCGCGGGCGCCGGCUGACGUUUCUGUCAGUAACACGAACAGCUUGACCACUGCUCCGACAUGCACCGCAACAUCUGACAGCGUUGACAAGUCAGCUCGAGCUGAGGGCACGAAUGUAGAUUAUGUCUACGCAUCUGAUGCCUUUGCAAGCACAAGCAUAAUCAGCGGGCAUUCUCUCUCGAGGCAGUCAAGUACUGAUCUUUCGAAAGUUUCCUCGCGACAGAUGAUAGCGACCAGCGAGUCGUGGAGAAAGUCAUUGCCGGACUCGAAAAAUAGUAAGAAUACUUUUGACAAGGAUGUUGGGUCCUUGCGUGGCGGAUUUUCCUUGUUGCGGAAACCAGCACUACGCACCGAUCAUAUUGAUCAUCGUGUCGAAAGCAGGACUACAGUACGCAGCUUGGUGGCCUGCCCGCCCUUGGGAUCGACCAUCGUUGUGUCAGAUCAUAGCUCAGCGAAUCUCUGCAUCGACAGGAGCGUGUUGUCAGGAUGCUCGAUGUCAUUGGACUCCCGGCCUUCUGGGGAAGACUCAUUGACAAAGAAUACAAUUUUCGUGGAUGACGUUGGACGAAUCGAAAAGCGCGGUAGCGACAGGUUUUUGUCACAAGCUUCAGGAUGGACACGGAGUGGAGGUAGCUCUGAUGUAGACCUGGCCGCAUCUGCUUCUUCAGGCUCCUGCUACAACAAAUCUGUCAGUGUCGCUGAUGGACAGGUUUUUGCUAUGAGUUUGGAUGGUUCUAUCGUGUCGUCGGUGGUGUCUCAGUCUUUGGCUUCAAGCGACGAGCUCUCUUUUGUCUCGUUCCAUGCUACCCAGCCUACUACUCCACCAGGACUGUCUCGGCUGCUGGAACAAGGAGCAGCUGUGGAGAAGCGCUUGUCAACCCCAGCAAUAAUCAUUCCAGGCCCAAAUGAGGCUGCUCACAAGCUGGAACGUGUGGUAUGCAGGUCCAUCGUGGUUCCGCACAACAGUGAUGACAAAAGUAUCGAGACCUUCAGAUCUCCAGCUGUUUCCUCGGCAUACUGUACCAGUCCCGUGCAAUUUUCAUCUGCGGCUCUCUUGGCUGCGAUCAAGACACGCGAUGUGCGUACGGACUCUAGACCUGAUGCCAUGGUCGAUGUCGCUCUCGGCUCGAGUCAUUCGAUUUCCUCCUCACUCAAGAUCAAUCGGAUACCCCGGGACCAAAAACUUGUCUCGUUACCAGUUCCGUUAAAAGAUGUCGCUGGAAUAUCUCCUCCAUUGAUCUUGACACCGCCGGUGAUGAUGUCGUUAACAAAUCGGUCAUCUGUGGCUUCAUUAGCUGAAUCUGCUGAUCGUCUUGACUUCACUGGAGUUUACCGUGGCUCGCCCAACAGCCUGGGUUUAUUGGGUAAUAACGGCAUUUCUAGGAAACCAAUUCAGUCUGAGGAUGGGACCCGAUUAAAUAAAAUGGAGCAAAGGUCGCUCGGUGAUCGCAGGGCAACGUCUAAACCCAAGAAUCUAGAGCGCUCUAAAAGCGAUGGCCGUGCGAUACAGUGCAAGGCUCGACGCAAAGUGGAAGAUUUUUUCCAGCGUACACACCAGAAUAGUGUGCGCGUGGUAGAUGAGCGAGAGGUGUUCAGGUCAGUAAAUCGACCAAAGCGCGCUUGUACAACUGUGGUCCAGUCCACGGACAAUGUUGAAGAGAACCCGCGCGGCAAUGUCAGUCAUAGUACCAAGAUGGUCAGAGUCAUUGAUUUAAAAAAUUUGUGCAGUGGUGGCGACCGACCCGGAUGGCACUUGGCAAGUGACGCAUUGAUUUUGACGCCGCAGCAAGGAGAGCUUACUGAGCAGGGAGCUAUGGCGACGACGAGUCGAAGUGCCAGCUCAGGAAUUUUUACGACACGGUCGAUUGCUUCCGCCGAGUACAUUACUAAGCCGAUAGACUAUGUGGUGAGCCCCCAGGGAACCGCUGCUGAUGGAACUAAUGUGCUGGACACGGGCAAGGACAACGCAUUGAACAUUAGAGAUACAGCAAAGUCGAUCGGGAGUGGAAGCAGCAACUUCUUUUCAGUGUUAUUGGAUCCCAGAGAGAGCGAUGGCAGCAAACUUGGAGCAACGUCAGGUUGGAGGGCCUUUGAUGUGUCACAAACACCAACUAUGACACGAGGUGCAGGAAGUGAGUCACCAGCCUUUCCUGUGCCGCCGUCAGCAGCACCCAGCACCACUCCUGUUGAGUUUGGUGGUGCAUGUGACAUGUUUAAUGAUGAAAGAUCAUUGCCGAGCACUUUUGCUCGCGCCAUAAGCACUUUCAUGCAGAAGACAGGAACCAGCUUAAGCUUGAAGCAGUCAGCUAUGGCUUCACCGUUCAGGGCGUCAGGCAUGUCGUUUUCGCAGCGAACAACGUUUGCUGACCGAAUGCAGAGUUUGUCGGCUUCGGUCUCACGUGCUGUACGGCGCCUUCUGCCAGGUCGCGACGCACGUGGACCGAAUGGCAUUGCGAAUUGUACAUCUCCUGAUUCCCAGUGCACAUCUCCAGCAGCACUGCGACGUGCCUACGACCACAACGGCUUUUACGGUACUCCGUUUAAGGUGCCUGGUGUGAACAAACCGUUGCCACAAAGCGAGGAACUGCAGCAUGUGGGAAAUGACUGUGACUGGGUUCGACAGUGGCUGCUCCUGGCGACGUGUGCCGUGCUUGGGUUAUCACUAGGAGCCAUCUUGGUGCGUGCUGUGGCAUUUGAUUCUAGCCUAUUCAACUUGUCAGGUGCUGAAGUGCGUGAUCGUCAAGAGAGUACUGGGCAGCUGGUUCUUGCUCCUGGCACGCGAUGGCUUCUACUACCUGGACGUCUGUUCCUGCGAGCUUGGAGCGCGGUGACAACACCAUUGUUGGUCUGCUAUGUCGUCACUGCAGUGUCAGAUCUCGUUGGCUGUGCGGACAAAUGCGCGCUGGUUCGGAGCUCACGGUCGAUGGCGUACGCGCUACUGCUGGCAAUAAUUGCCACGGCUGAAGGAGUUCUGGCUAUGUAUUUGACGCACACGUUCCGGUGGUUCAGAGGAAGACGCCACACAGCACAAACAGCGGCAUCGACACUGUCUGAUGCUAUAGGAACGACUCCGUUGUCUGGUGGAGCUGUGGGACUGCUCUGCUCUAGCAGUGACACCUAUCUGCAGCGACUGGGGCACGACGUCUUUACUUGUUCCAAUGCAUCGUUGACGCUGCCACUGUCAGAAGGGGUCAGCACGAGUUUUCCCGACAUCGCUGAUAGCGGUCCUGCUGUGUUUGCACUGCAAGACGUUUCUUCAGUGUUCAAGGUCCCGACAUCGGGCGCAGUGUAUUACCCGGCACUGCUGGACACGUUGAAAACGAUGGCCAACAGUCAUGACUCGUCGGCUGCUUCGGUUUUGUCCGCGCGGACCCCCCACACCUUGGUUGCACAGUCGAUACUGGAGAAAAGCGAUAGGAUGAUCUCGUUGGAAGGGCUCGUUCUGUUUGCUUUGGUCUUGGGAUACAUCUGCGGGAAGCGGAUUCUGCGACUGCGACGUGACGCCCAAGCAGCGAUGUUCGAGUCACGACGCAGUACUAGCCCAGCUGAUGGAGACCCACAAAAAGCUUGCCACUAUAUUGUGGGUUUCUCCACGGAAUUGCAGCUUGCCCUCGAGUGGUUGAUUCGACCCAUUGAGCGGUACCUGGCCCCCGUAGGAUUUUUCUCGCUCAUGCUAGGGCAUGUGGUGCUUCAUCAUCGUGAAUGGCGUUCAUUUGCAGAUCCAAUGUUGUCGCUGCUUGUGAUCGUGAUGGCUGCGUUUCUCGUCCACGUUGCGCUGGUCCUAUCGAUGGUACGCACCCAAUUUUGCGACAACCGACGUCGACUGCCUUUGCUGGUAACAACGCGAGCUUUCGUACCGGCAUUUCUGUUUGUCUUUACGACUGACAAUGUUGCACUCUCGGCUCCAGUCACGAUGCAGUGCUUCGCCCGCGUGCUCACAGUGACUCGGUCAGCUGCGCAAUUGAUCACUUCCGUCACGGCAGCAUUUUCUCGAAACGCACGGGCAUUGUAUCUGCCACUUGUGCUGCUCUGGCUGCUCGAAACGUCGUCACCACUGGAAGACGAGCUGAAGCUGAGUGCGUUCGACUACAUCUCGAUUGGUCUCUUGUCGCUGUUGAGCUGUUUCUGCGGAGGCAGCUCCCGGUUGACACUGGCCAUGGCACGCACUUUGUGGUUCAUGAAAGUGCGUGCUCAGUCUCCUGAGACUGCUCAGUUGAUGCCUGCAACGAUGCCGCUACUGAUCGUGUGCGACGUGAUGCUUUCACGCGUUGCCAGCGUUUUGACUCUGGCGGAUCAUCUUGUGCUUGCGCAGCUCACGGCACAGCAUUGGGGAGAGACAGUCGUGCAGGGACGGACAGUUGAACCGAGCAAUGACUACAUGUCGAGCUUCAGCGCGCUUGACGAUAGCCAAGCGCCUUGCCGUCCGUCGAGUGCCAUGCUUUCGUCGGUUUACCUGUGA